AUGUCUGUCCUAUCUCUCGAGUCCCUCUGCCUAGCAGAUAAUGACAGUCCAUCCUCUGCAGAAGACCUAGACCUGGAGGAUAAGUGGGAUACAGACCUGGAGAUUGAUGAGGUGAAAAAGACCAGUAAAGACACAUCGACUGCUGAGAUAUACCUGCAGGCCUGCAAGCUGGUCGGGGUGGUUCCUGUCUCCUACUUCCUCCGGAACCUGGGCACCUCCACCAUGAACCUCAACCACCACGGCCUGGGACCUCCAGGGGGCAAGGCACUAGCCAUCGCUCUGGUGACUGACAUGCACAUCACCAACCUGGAGUUGGCAGACAACUACCUGCUGGCUGAGGGAGCCAGAUACCUUCUAGAGAUGUUAAAGGCAAAUUUCACCAUUCAGCAUCUGAACAACUAUAGAGUAAAGGAGCUGGACUUGAGCCACAAUCAGUUCUGUGGGAGAGGUGGGGAGCAUCUGGGCCAGAUGUUAGCAAACAAUGAAGCUCUGGAGGUACUAGACUUGAGCUGGAACCAUCUGAGAAUGAAAGGAGCUGUGGCUUUCUGUGCCGGCCUCAAGGUGAAUGUGACCCUGAAACACCUGGACCUGUCCUGGAAUGGCUUUGGGAAUGAGGGGGCCUUGGCUUUAGGAGAGGCACUGAAAUUCAACAACACUCUGGUGUACCUGGACCUCAACAACAACCGCAUCACCAACGAGGGGGUGGGCAUGCUGUGCAAGGGGCUGGAGGCCAACGACACUCUCAGAGCACUGAUGCUGGCUUAUAACUCUCUGACAGUGGAGGGGGCGCUGGCUCUUAUUACUGUGGUCAAGAACACCCCCAAAACUGCUCUGGAGGAGAUCAACAUAUCCAAUGUGUUGGUGAAUGAGAACUUUGUGCAGCUGCUGGAUCUGACAUGCCAGGAGCAUCCCUCUCUAGAGGUGCAGUAUGCAGGGGUCGGGGGCUUUAUCGCUAAGAAACCACCCAAACGCCUUGACCCAAUGAAAGUAAUCCAGGAUUAUCUGGAUGAACGGAAGCUGCGUCUUUGGGACUUCUUUCGGAAAAUCGAUAAAGAUGGGACAAUGCGAGUGCCUGUGGCAGACUUCAGGAAGGCUGUGCAGCAAUCCAACAUCCCCUUGGAUCGAUACCAGAUUGAGGAGUUGAUUCAGAGACUGGAUCGUGAAAGGACAGGGAUGGUAGACUACAGGGGCCUGGCCGACACCAGGAAGCAGAUGAUGCGGGACCACCGGCGGCAGCUGCGUAAGGUGGAGUCCCGUCAGAAGAAAGAGAAGCAGAAGAGCGAGCGCAUCCUGAAGACCUUCCAGAGCGCCGUGGAGGCCAACACCCCCCGCAGCUCCAUGGUCAUGUCCCCAGGGGGCACCAAGGAGGACUCCAGUGGCCCCCAGCACUUCUCUGCCACCCCACUCAGCUCCUGGCACCACAUUGUCAUGUCCAACAGCAGCCGCUACUCUGUCACAAACCUGAGCAGUGAGCACAUCCACCUCCCCAUGCUAGGGGGCAGCACCCACCAACGGCCCACCAGUUCCCCCACCAUGCGCUCCUACUCCCAGCCCAACCUGAUGGAUGACUCCCAACGAUACCCCCAAUCCAAACCCUCCUCGGCCCAGGGGAUGCUCUCUGACUCCAACCCUGAUGUUGACCACACCAAGCUGAGCCCCACUGCCAACCACCUGACCAGGUCCAGUCCAGCACUGAACUCCAAGCAGCCAGACACUAAAACCAAAACCACCAAUUUUGAGACAUAUGAGAAUAAGCUGACAGUGUGUGCAGAGAAUAUAGUGACCCUGACGGUGUUGAUGGAGCUGAUGGAGAAGAACCCUGAUGCGUACAGCGAGGCCUAA